AACAACCAGCAGCAGCAGCAGCAGCAAAAGCAAGACUCCUGCGCCGCCGACUACAAGAGGGUUAAAAGUGUAGAUUGGAUUUCACCCCGGGAAAUCUAGCACACGGAGUGAACUUGAAUCUUUGGCUAUUUAAGGAGGACUGGAGUUUGUUGUGAAGUUGUGGUGAUCCAGAGCAGAGCCCCGUCCUGAUUGAUUUCAUCUUCCUUGAGUCUCAGAUGACUGUAAAAUGAAUAGAUGAAAUUAUUCCUUUUUGAGGCUUUUCUUAGGGACUCUCCAGGCAGCGUGUUCUCAAAGCGAAGUCAUGAUGUAUUCUCCAAUCUGUCUCACUCAGGAUGAAUUUCACCCAUUCAUUGAGGCACUUCUUCCACAUGUCCGUGCAAUUGCCUAUACUUGGUUCAAUCUUCAGGCUCGAAAACGCAAGUACUUUAAAAAACAUGAGAAACGAAUGUCAAAGGAUGAGGAAAGAGCAGUCAAGGAUGAGCUACUUAGUGAAAAGCCUGAAAUUAAACAGAAGUGGGCAUCCAGGCUCCUGGCCAAGCUGCGCAAAGAUAUUCGCCAAGAGUUCCGGGAGGAUUUUGUGCUCACGGUUACUGGGAAGAAGCACCCAUGCUGUGUGUUGUCCAAUCCUGACCAGAAAGGCAAGAUCAGGAGAAUCGAUUGCCUGCGACAGGCUGACAAAGUCUGGCGUCUGGAUCUAGUCAUGGUGAUCCUGUUCAAAGGCAUCCCCUUGGAAAGUACGGAUGGAGAACGUCUCAUGAAAUCCCCACAUUGCACAAAUCCAGCACUUUGCGUCCAACCACAUCACAUAACCGUAUCAGUCAAGGAGCUUGAUUUGUUUUUGGCAUACUACGUGCAGGAGCAAGAUUCUGGGCAGCCAGGAAGUCCAAGCCACAAUGAUCCUGCCAAGAAUCCACCAGUGUACCUUGAGGACAGUUUUGUGAAAUCUGGAGUAUUCAACGUGUCAGAGCUUGUGAGGGUGUCAAGAACUCCCAUCACCCAGGGAAGUGGAGUGAACUUCCCGAUUGGAGAGCUCCCGAGCCAGCCAUAUUACCAUGAUAUGAAUUCGGGUGUAAAUCUACAGAGGUCCUUGUCCUCUCCACCAAGCAGCAAAAGACCCAAAACUAUCUCCAUAGAUGAAAAUAUGGAGCCAAGCCCAACAGGAGACUUCUAUCCUUCUCCAAAUUCACCAGCUGCAGGAAGUAGGACAUGGCAUGAAAGAGAUCAAGAUAUGUCUUCUCCUACAAUGAAGAAACCUGAAAAGCCUUUGUUUAGUCCUACUUCUCCCCAGGAUUCUUCAUCAAGACUGAGCACUUUUCCCCAACAUCACCAUCCAGGAAUCCCAGGAGUUGCACACAGUGUCAUCUCAACUAGAACUCCACCUCCACCUUCACCACUGCCAUUUCCAGCACAAGCUAUUCUCCCUCCUGCCCCAUCUAGCUACUUCUCUCAUCCAACGAUCAGAUAUCCUCCCCACCUGAAUCCUCAGGAUACUCUGAAGAAUUAUGUACCUUCUUACGACCCGUCCAGCCCGCAGACUAGCCAGCCUAACAGCAGUGGUCAAGUAGUAGGGAAAGUGCCUGGCCAUUUUACUCCAGUUUUGGCACCCUCUCCCCAUCACAGUGCGGUGCGACCUGUGACCCUGACCAUGACAGAUACUAAACCCAUCACUACAUCCACUGAAGGUGAGGCAUCUUCACCUACAGCAACCACCUACACAGCCUCAGGCACAUCCCAAGCCAAUCGAUAUGUGGGACUAAGCCCAAGAGACCCAUCCUUCCUACACCAGCAACAGCUGAGAAUUUGUGACUGGACCAUGAAUCAAAACGGCAGGCAUUUAUACCCCAGUGCCAGUGAGGAUACAUUGGGAAUUGCUUGGCAAAGUCCUGGUACCUGGGCUAGCUUGGUUCCUUUCCAAGUAUCAAAUAGAACACCGAUCCUGCCGACAAAUGUCCCAAAUUAUGGUUUGAACAUAAUUGGAGAGCCUUUCCUUCAAGCAGAAACAAGCAACUAAUGGAAACAAAAUUAAAAACAGAAAUUAAAAGAAAAGAAAGAAAAAAAAGAGAAGAAGAACCUGAAGAAAGAAGAACAAAACUAGACCAGCAAUUGCAACUCUUACAAUCACUAAUUCCCUUAUGGUUGAAACUGAAAUGAUAUACAAAGGGUCGAUUAUAUUUCACUGAUGGGUAGAAUGCAGCUCCUCCUAAGUAGCCUUUGUUAUAUGAAGUCCGCUGGGAAAUAGAUGUUCUGUCUCCGACAGUAUAUUUUAACUGACUUUCUAGAUGCCUUAAUAUUUGCAUGAUAAGCUAGUUCUAUUGGUUUAGUAUUCCUGUUGUUUACGCAUGAGAUCACUAUUCCUGGUUAUCUCACAAAACAAAGGCUAGGCUGCAACAGCAGAGCUGCAGGAGGACAAGGGCCGUGAGCCAGCCGUUUUCUCAAGAGUCUGAUUUCUAAAUGUUUUUAAAAUAAGCUCUGUAGCCUUUAGUUAUCAGUAUGGAUUUAUUAAACUUUGGCCCUUAAUUCAGCCUUUUUCUAGUGUGUUAUGCAGUUUGAAAUUUUCAAUCAGUAUGAACACACAGGCUCUAUGGAAGAAAUGCCUCUACGCAGGUGAAAGUGUUAUCUUCUCAUGCAACAGUAAAAAAAGAAAUGGAAAAAAGUGAUAUUUUUCCCCACUAAAGAAACACUUACAGAGGCAAGUGCAAUUUAAAAUUGUAUCUAAGAGGUCAUCACUAUAAGUCCUUCAGCCCUUGGACUCUAAAUUGAGGGGAUUAAAAAUAAAAGUAAAAAAUUACUUUGAACAAACUUAUUUUUCCCCUCAGUUUUUGAGGGCAUUAAAAGGCAUUAAGUCAAGACAAAUCACGUCCUCAAGAAUAAGAAAUCAAUGGAAAUACAGCACUUAUGUUGGUUUAGCUGCUGCCUCCACAGAGGGGUAGGAUUUAUUUAUUUAAAAUUACUUGUUGCAUCAAGAACCCAUAGGGUUUAUAUGUUUCUGUAAAAUCUACAUCAUAGAGACAAAGACAUAGGCAAAUCCAUGUCACAAGGGCAAAGCUUACCGUUUACAAACUGGUAAUACCAGGAUGGGGAUAUGUUGUAUUUAAAUAAUGCACUCUUAAUGUAAGUCUAACUACAGGGUGCUGUAAACUUGCAUGGUGCUUUCAGAAGUUAGCCUUGUUCAACAAUUUUCACAUAUUGACAGAAAUAUAAUGUGCAUGGGCAGACAUUUUGCCUCUGUGUCUCUUUAAAAAUUUAAAAUACUCUUUCCAGUAAUCCUAAUUUGCACGAAGAUAUAAUGUCCACAUUACGUGCCUUGCCUUGAAAUCUAAAAAAUGGAAAAAAAAACUAAAAAAGAAAAAAACCUACAAAAAAAUUUGACAUCACUACACUUGUUUUGCUGCAUUUAUUAUAAUUUUAAAUCUUUACCAUUUUUAUGACAAAAUAUUUUGUACUCCAGAUGCGAAAAAUGUGUGACAUCAUGGAUUUUUUAGACAGUUAUACCUUUAUCUCACAUUUAUAAAGCAUAUCGUGGCUGUGUAUAGUUACCGCUUAAGAAUUGUAAUCGACCAGCAAUAUUUUCAGUAUUUUUGUGUUUUUUCUAUUAACCUUUCAUGUUUUUCAUCUUCCAAUUAAUAUUGGGGGGAGGGGAUACAAAUUUAUACGAAUUAUGCAAUACCAAGUUUUGCCUAUGUAGGUAGUGCUUUUAGCUGUAUUGGUUAUUAUAGGUAAGUACACAGAUUUAAAAAAAAAAAAUAAUGUAUGCUUUUUUUUGUUUGUUUUAAUUGACCAAAGUGGGUACUGCUAUUUUUGCAGUGUGAUGAGGUCCUUUUCUGUACUGAGAGGUGGACAGGGGAUUUUUUUUUAUACAUACAUAUAUAUAUAUUCUGGGGUGGGGGGGAGGAUUUUUAACACUUUACAGUGUAGCUGUGAAGCAGUGCACCCUUAGCCAGGCAAGGGCUGCAAAGCAACUGUUCUGCCUACUGUGACAAAGUUUCAAAUCGGUUCCCUCUUUUUAACUUCCCACCUGGGGUGCAAGCUGAAAUCAUUUCUGGAUUUAAAAAAUAAAUAAUUAAUUCUGUUGGAGGCAGACUUGACUUGAGGAAAUUGUUUUACUUCAAGGUUUUUUUCAUGGGAAAGCGAGACAGAGAAAGAGGUCAAGACCCACAGUGAGAUGAAACCUUUUCCAUUCUGGCAAAGAUAGUGCAUCCUGAAGUGUUCAUGCUAGAAAAUUUAGUUUUUAGCUCAGAAUGACAAAGACAUUCACUUUGUCUAGGAAAUGCAAGUACAGGGCCAAAGUCUUUGCUGGUAUAAUUCCACUGACUCCACUGGACUUGAGCUACUCAAACGGAGAAUUUGCCCCUUACCCUUCUUGACUUUUUCCUGUACAUAAUAUUUUUUAUAUAUUCCACUCCCCUCUCGCCCCAGCAAGUUUCUUAAUACAGUAUUUAAAUUAAAAUUUUCAACCCGUUUGAGCUAUGUCAGAAGUUUUCAGCAGAUCAGAUGGAGACCUCUGGGAUGCAGUGGAGAAGGAGUUUCUUUGUACAAGGAAUUAGACCAUGGUGGAAAUUAAAGUGUGUUUCCAGUAAGAUCCCAUUUUGGAGACUAGUAGUGGGCCUAUUGAGGUGACCUCUUACACACAAGGGAUCUUUGAAACGUAUGGUUCAGCACAGGGUGAAGUUUUAUUUAAAGCACAGUCUUCUAUUAGGGUAAAAGCAGAGGAGGGUGUAGUCGUGUGGAUGGGAAAAUUCGUAGUUUUGCAGUUGUCUCUGUGUUUUAGAGGUUUUCCUACUCUGGAGCAGUCCCAGAGGCCCAGCUCCAGAAGCAUGCACCCCAGUGAGCACUGGUUAGGGGUGUACCACCAUCAGUUCCUUCUGGCUUCAGCUGUGGUUAAGAGCAGCAGUGGUGACACAUCCCAAUGUCUCCAGGAGGAGAGAGUGUGUAUGCAGGGCUUUAAUGGCUGCAGAGACAGGAAUUGUAGGCAAAUAAACCUCUGAGAUUUAGCUAAACUAAAAAUGAAUCCAUAAAUAAAUAAAUAAAUAAACAAACAAACAAAUAAAUAAAUAAGAAAAAAUAAAAAGAAGACACAGAUGCAAAAAGAAGUGUGGGAUUCCUGCAGUAAAUCAAUUUGUUUACUAAGCACAUGGCAAAGUCUGCUAGACCCAAGCACAGUGUGCCUCAGGCUCUGGCCUGGUAAAACUAAGUAUGUGUUGUCCUUUACACAUGUCAUGAUACAGAGCAGUUUGGGAGCAGAGCUCUGCUGGGGGCAUGUCCUUGAUUAGUUCAACUAAUAAGGUGUUCCCAGAAAGCUUCUAAUAGCUCAUUGGGACAAAAGUGGAACAAGUUCAGGCUUCAACAUGAAAUAUGCAGAAUGGUGGAUAUUCCUUCCCUUUGUAGGAAGAUAGAUGCCCUUAAUAGAGUUUUUGUUGUUUUUGGUUUUUUUGGGUUUUUUGUUUUUGGUUUUUUUUUUUUUUUUUUUUUUUUUUUGGUCUGGCCUCCUGUAUGAAAAAACGCUGAGCUUAAUGAUGCAAUUUGUUAGAGAAGUAAACUCCUUCUUUAAACUGUUAUUCAGCAACUGUGGGUUUUUGUCACCUGCCUCUCUAAUAGAAAAACCUGCUUGGAAGAUAAUGAACUUUUAAUUUACUGUAUGCUUGGUUUUUGGUUGGCUUUUUUGGAUGUUUUUUUUUAAGCUCAGCAGUCACAAGAUUUAAGAUAAGAUUGAGAACUCAAAUCCAGUCUCUGGCCUCCUCCUUCACCAGGAAGUGUAUUCUGACUAAAUCGAGCCACCCCGUUCUAUGUGCACUGUUCUGCCUUUAUUAAGUUGCUUUGCAGCCCUGGCCUCAUGGCUGUGCCACUGAAGUGUGUUUCCCCUGGAGUGACAUGAACGCUUGAGGCUUGACUAAGGUAAAAAAAAGGCAGUGAAGGAGACUGUACAUAAAGACAUGGCAAAAAUAUUAAUUAUAGCAAUAUAGUUGUGGGGUGAUGUUCAGGUGGGCAGCUCCAUUGAAAAUAUGUGAAUGAGUUUGUGAAGCUGCAAGUAGCAAGAAGAAAGGAUGAUCUUCUGAAUAAACCGCCUACCUUGUAGACAGUAAUUUGUACACUGUAUAGUUUUGUUAAGAAUUUUUUUUUUAAUUAAAAUACCCUUGUUUGUAAAGCUAACUUUUUAACAAUUAUAAUGGAAAUGCAUUUCCAUUUUUAAACAAGAAUAUUCUUUGUUUAGAAACUGGACUUGGGUUAAAACUCUCCAGCUUCUUAAUUUAUGUAUUAAAAAAGAAUCUGUCCAUGUUAGGAGUUAUUUCGCAGAUUCCUGUGCUUGAAAAGCAUAGGUUACUAAUCCUUUAAAAAUGUAAAUGGAGAAAAGUUAUAUUUUAUGAAGGUUAUUUUGUUGUAUCUAGUAUUGAAAAAGUUGGUUUUCAGAGCAUUUCAAAAUGUUGGAAGCACCACUGUCUUUUUUAUUAGUAUAUAUGGCCUUUAGCAAAACUUUUUGUGAUUGUUACAUGAUGGUAUUUAAGAUUAGGUUCACGGAGCUAUUCAGGAUAGGCAGAGAGCUAAAACAGUACUUAAGUCUCACACAGCUGUGUCCUCAGGGAGCAGAAUUUUGGAUUUGCAGCUUGUAGCUUCAUAAGGACUUAAUGAAAGAGAUUGUGCAAAGACAUCUGUGACACCGGAGUGUAUUCUGUACCUAAACCUAAAUUAUAUGUACUGUGUGAGAUUAUGAAGGCUGCAGAAAGUUAUCCCAUAUUCAGUGUACAGUUUUCACUUUUAAUGAAAAAAACUCUCAAAUGUUGCUGGCAGUAAGGCCCCAAGCAUGACAUCCUUUAUGGCUUGCAUGAUCCUGUCAAGGUCUUUUGUUAACAUUAACCAGCUGUAUGCUCCUGGAUUUUUUUAUUGGGUUUCUAUAGAAAACUCAAAAAAAAAAAAAAAAAGAGUAAAAUCCUAUGCCAGCUAAUCAAGUUAAACAGGAAAGGCUCAAAGCUGAAUGUUCUCCAUUCUGAAGGAGCUGAAAACUACUUCCUUCUUAUUUGCACUUUCUGCUAGUUCCCCAGUUUUAUUAAUUCCUCAAAAUUGUGUGGGUGUAGCGGAGCACUGCAGUUGGAGGAUAACAUGGACCACUGAUUUUGCCCUUUAACCCUGCACAAUGACCUUUGCAUCAGCCAAACUUAUUGCCAUGACAACUCUUUGUACUGUUUCCAUGCCACAGCUCUGUUGGUCAUGUUGUCAAUAGUAAAGGGGACGAGUUGGAGACGGUCAAUUUUUACUUUUUUUUGGUUGCAAUUUUUUCUUCAAUGGUUGUAAGUAGUUGUUUGGUUUUUUUAUGAUAAAAGGGUUCACUAGUUAGUACUCUUUAGAAAUAUCUGUGUGUUGCAAUUCAGAUGUAUGUUGAAUUUGUGAAAAGGGCUUCAGUGCCACUAGCAUAAUGAUAUCCUAGAAUAAGCCUUUGAUAUUUUCAUUGCAUGAUACCAUAACAGUAAACAAAAGGUGGCCUAAAUAAAUGGAGAGCAGUGUGAGCUA